CAUAGCAAUAAACAAUCUUUUCUCUCUUCAUAUUCAUUCCAACUUCAACGAUGCCGUUGAACAUAACCUCCAUCAAAACCUCCUCUAACGGAAUAUGGCAAGGUGACAAUCCUUUGAACUUUGCCUUUCCACUCCUAAUAGUUCAAACCACCUUGGUUUUACUCGUCAGCCGCUCCCUCUCUUUCCUCCUCAAACCUCUCCGCCAACCCAAAGUCAUUGCCGAAAUUGUUGGAGGAAUUCUGCUAGGGCCAUCGGCAUUGGGAAAAAACAAAAGCUAUAUGAAUCGCAUAUUUCCUUCAUGGAGCACGCCAACGCUUGAAUCUGUUGCCAGCAUAGGUCUUCUUUUCUUCCUCUUUCUCGUGGGGUUGGAGCUCGAUCUCAACUCCAUUCGCCGGAGUGGUCGGAGAGCGUUCAGCAUCGCCGCCGUCGGAAUUUCUCUCCCCUUCGUCUGCGGCAUCGGCGUCGCCAUCGUCCUCCGCAAGACCGUCGACGGCGCCGACAAGGUCGGUUUCGCUCAGUUCCUCGUCUUCAUGGGGGUCGCACUUUCUAUCACCGCAUUCCCCGUGCUGGCUCGCAUCCUAGCGGAGCUCAAGCUCUUCACCACGCGCGUUGGAGAGACCGCCAUGGCCGCCGCCGCAUUCAACGACGUCGCUGCGUGGAUUUUACUCGCGCUCGCCGUGGCCAUAUCGGGGGACGGUAACGGCGGGAAUCACAAGAGCCCUCUGAUUUCCGUUUGGGUUCUGCUCUCGGGUCUGGGCUUCGUGGUAUUCAUGUUUGUUGUUAUCCGACCCGCGAUGAAACGGGUCGCACGGUGGUUUUCGAUGGAAAACGACGCCGUUGACGAGGCUUAUAUUUGUUUGAUAUUGGGAGGGGUUAUGGUGAGUGGGUUCGUAACGGACUUUAUUGGAAUCCAUUCGAUAUUCGGGGCGUUCGUUUUCGGGUUAACCGUUCCGAAGGAUGGGAACUUGGUAAAGAGGUUAAUAGAGAGAAUAGAGGAUUUUGUUUUGGGAUUGUUAUUACCACUUUACUUUGCUUCUAGUGGGUUAAAGACUGAUAUCACUACUAUUCGAGGCGCUGAAGCGUGGGGGCUUUUGUGUCUUGUCAUAUUCACUGCAUGUGCUGGGAAGAUUCUUGGGACCUUCAUUGUAGCAGUGUUUUGCAUGAUCCCCGCGAGGGAGUCGUUGACACUUGGCGUCCUCAUGAAUACCAAAGGCCUCGUCGAGCUUAUUGUACUCAACAUUGGAAAGGAGAAAAAGGUUUUGAACAACGAAAUGUUUGCAAUCUUGGUGCUAAUGGCUCUGGUGACCACCUUCAUCACAACUCCAAUAGUGAUGGCCAUCUAUAAACCGGCACGUGGCACCUCAGGGAAGAGUCGGCGCAGGCUAGGCAAUCUCUCCUUUAGGUCCAAAGAUGAAGCGUUGGACAAGUUCCGAGUCUUGGCCUGCAUCCAUGGCCCAAGCAAUAUCCCUUCCAUCAUUAAUUUCAUUGAAUCAAUUCGUAGCACCAAAAAGUCUUUCCUAAAGCUUUUCAUGAUGCACCUUGUUGAGCUAACGGAACGUUCAUCUUCCAUUAUCUUAGUUCAACGCGCUCGCAGAAACGGUUUCCCUUUCUUCAGCCGCUUCCACCGCGACGAGUGGCAUGACCGGCUCGCUGGAGCCUUUCAAGGCUACAGUCAAUUGGGCCAAGUCACAGUCCGGUCAACUACAGCUAUCUCUUCUCUCUCCACAAUGCAUGAGGAUAUAUGCCACGUGGCAGAGGAAAAGUGGGUGACCAUGAUCAUCUUACCCUUUCAUAAACAGUGGAGGGUGGACGUGGGUGAUGACAAUGUGAUUCAUCACGUGUUGGAGAAUGCAGGCCACGAAUGGAGAGGGGUGAACCAAAAGGUUCUUCAGAAUGCACCUUGCUCUGUCGCUAUUCUUGUGGACCGUGGAUAUGGGAAUUCGUCUCUGACUCCAAGCCCAAACACCACUGUGGCCCAACGCGUGUGCAUUGUCUUUUUUGGUGGCCCCGAUGAUCGUGAAGCUCUAGAACUAGGGAAGAAAAUGUCUCAGCACCCGACAGUGAGAAUGACCGUUCUAAGGUUUGUUGAAAUUGAGAAUGAUGGAUUCAAUGGAAAUAACCUUGUGUUAAACCUCUCACCCAAUGAUAGCUGCGAUGAAAGUUACAGCUUCUCCACUGCUACAUUCAACCGCCACAAAGAAAAGGAGUUGGAUGAGAAGGCAAUAGGAGAGUUUCGAAGCAUAUGGGAUGAGAGGGUAGAGUUUAUUGAGAGAGUUAGCGAUAACGUUGUGGAGGAUGUGUUAGAAAUAGGGAAAAGUGGGAAUUACGAUCUCAUAAUUGUUGGGAAGGGUCGAUUUCCGUCGAAUAUGGUGGCUGGAGUGGCAAGGAGGGAAGCGGAGCACGCGGAAUUAGGCCCUAUUGGAGACAUUCUAACCUCGUCGGAACACGAUGUGGUGUCAUCAGUGCUUGUUGUUCAACAACAUGACUUUGCUUUGGUAGAUGAAGCUCCCGUGUGCAAGGAGCAUCGUGAUGAGUACAAGCACCACGAAACUAAUGAUGAUUCAUCUCUUAGGGAGGAAGGGGUUUCGAUAGCCAAUGACAAUAUUGUGUAAUAGGGUAUUAUUUUGGAAACUAGGGUGAAAGGGCAAGUGGGCAACCCCUAAACAAUAACUUGUGCACACACUCCACCGAAGCGAAAUAUAUUCCAAAGAUAAUUAUUUUUGAAAUAAAUAAAGAUGUAAUCACUCCUAAAUUUAAUAAGUUCAAAUUGCAAAAUGUUUUAAAACAAAUGAAGUGUGAUUACAUCUUUAAUUAUUCACAUGAAGAACAACUUAUUUUGAAUUGACAUUUCUUUUCUCUACACUAACAUAACAAAGGUCUAUUAGCAUAUGAAAUCCAAACAGAAGCACUGACUAGGAAAAAAAAAUGUCCCUGGUCCUAAAUAUGCUGUUGCUAAUUGUUCACAUGCAGCUUUUGCCACCUAGAAGUCAACGAUAAUUCAUAUUCAACUAGAGUUGUAAGAGUACAUUUUUCUUUAAGAAAUCAAGUACGUAUUGGUUAGUUUCCAAAAUAAAGUGUAGCCUGAUUUUCUAUGAACCACAUUAAUUAAUGCAUCUCAUUUGCUCAAAACCGCUAUUCAUCGAUGUCUUGAUGGCUUAAAUUCAUCUUUCCAAAUUUUAAACCAAUAUUAUAGUUUUAUCAAUUCUCAGUGCCCAUUGUUUGUUAAAUUAUGUUGUUUAUUUUUUAAAAAGUAAAAGUAAUUUGUUCAUAUAAGAUAUUAAGAUGUGAUAUGAUGAAAAAAUCAAUUUUUUUUAUUUAGUAAAUAAAUAUAUACUGACAAAAGAAUUUGUGGGCACUGGGCACCUUACUAAUAUAUUAUUAUAUGUAUGUGCACAAAUGCAUUAUAAUGUAUUGUCAAGCUUUUGAUGUUUUCAAAUUAAUUGUUGGC